CCCAUCCACACCAAAGCACUGACGCCGGCAUUCUUCACUCUGAAUAAAUCAUGGCCUCCUUCUCGUUGACGACGACUGUGAAGCUCUCGAGCGGGUAUGAGAUGCCUAUACUGGGCCUUGGUGUAUACCAGAACGACGAUUGCGUACCAGCUUGCUUAGCAGCCCUCGAGCGUGGGUACAGGCACAUAGACUCAGCGCGGAUGUACCGAAACGAAGCGCAGGUAGGUCAGGCGGUCCGUCAAAGCGGCGUUCCGAGGGAAGAGAUCUUCGUCACCACUAAGGUGUACGACCCUGAGCAUGGUUACGAGAGCACGAAGAAGGCUGUACAGAGCUCCCUGUCCAACUUCAGAUUCGACUACAUUGACCUGUACUUGAUCCAUAGCCCAUUGUCCGGGAAGGAACGUCGGCUGGAGACAUAUCGCGCGCUUCUCGACCUGAAGAAAGAAGGCAAGAUACGGACAGUCGGCGUCUCCAACUACGGUCCCAAGCAUCUAGACGAGAUCAAAGCCGCUGGUCUUGAGGCACCGUCUGUGAACCAGGUUGAGCUCCAUCCGUUUUGCCAACAAAAACCGAUCGUGGAGUACUGCGAAAAACAUGGAAUAGUCGUUCAGGCGUAUUCACCCCUGGUCCGUGCUAAGCGCAUGGAUAACCCGAUCCUCGUUGAGCUAUCCAAGAAGUACAAAAAGGACCCGGCGCAAAUCCUUAUCCGGUGGUCGCUUCAGCACAACCUCGUCGUCCUGCCAAAAUCUUCGCAGCCCUCACGCGUGGUCAGCAACGCCGAGGUCUUUGAUUUCAACAUCGACAAGGAUGAUUUGGAGAAAUUGGAUGCUCUUGACCAGGGCUCCAAGGGAGCAGUGACCUGGAACCCCGUCGAUGCUGACUAGUUCUAUGCACGAUGUGAUACAUACAAAACAUAUCUUCCUGUACUUGCUACAUAUUGAAACGGACGAGGUAAAUCAC